AUGGCGCCCCCUGCUAGCCUCUAUUGCUCCCAGGUUUACUUCGACCCAGAGUGGAACACAAUCCCGUUCAGAAACGGUCCUGUGCCGAAGGUCGUGGCUUAUGUCGGCUGGAGGUGGGUGAGGAAGAACUGGUUUGAUGCUCACGUGAAAGAUAUACAAAGUGGCUUCUGUCCCAGAGCCUGCACUAUUACGGCCAACCUCACCGAGGUAUGGUUUAACUGCACUAACUGGGGUGUGCUAUGCUUGGAAACCGCUGACGCAGUGCUGAUCCACCUCCGAAGCGUAAAGAGCCUUGAGGCCCUGAAGGCGGACCUAGGGCCCCGGGAUCCCUCGCAGCCGUGGGUCCUGUUCGAGACGGAGACGCACCUCCUGGGCAACAGCGUCCACCGCGCCAGCUACAGGGCGCUCGGCGGCGUCUUCAACCGCACCAUGAACUACCGCCGCGACGCAGACGUUCGCUUCGUCCACGGCUUUGUUGUGCGUCGCGGCAGGGACGCCAGCCUCCUGCCGCCGCACUGGGUCCGGCAAACUGAUCUGGGAAAUAGUUCAAGCAUUGACUUUGAAGAGUUGGUCAGCAUGAAGUUUCUUCAUCUCCCGGUUUUUAAAGGGAAGAACGACACACGCCAGCUCGUCGUGGCGUUCAUCUCCAACUGCUGGGAUAACAGCGGCCGCCUGCGCUAUGUCGAAGAGCUACAAGGACACAUGAGAGUCGACGUGUUCGGAGUGUGCGGGAGCCUCCACUGCGGGACGCGGCGCUAUGCCGAGCACGAGUACGACGUCGGGAAGGACCCGUGCUUGCGCCUCGCAGCCAGGAAGUACCUCUUCUACCUUGCCUUUGAAAACGCGCUCUGCACGGACUACGUAACGGAGAAAAUCUACAACCUGUUGUACUACCCGCUGGUGCCCGUGGUGCGCGGGGCGGCCGAGUAUGCUGCCCUCCUGCCCCCCCAUUCCUUCGUGGACGCUGGUCGAUACACGCCGAAGGCACUGGCCAGGAAGCUGCAACGCCUGGCCAAUCAUCAGGAGGAGUAUGAGAAGUACCUAGCCUGGAGGAAAUAUUACCAGCCAUCCACUGUGGGCGGAUCUCGCGUGCUCUGCGACCUGUGCACGCGCCUCUACGACCAAGAAUUCUAUCAGGAGAAAGUAAUUGAGGAUUUUUACGACUGGUUUGUGACGCGGUCGAACUGCAACAGGUCCGGCACGGUUCGGAAGCGUUUCAAGAUCUGA